UGCCACUAUAGGCCCAACCUCUGGGCUUGUGACCUGCUGGUACUGGAGAUCCACACCUAAGAUGCCAGGACCCCCUGGAAGCCUAGAAAUGAUGAACUGCCUUUCUAAUUAGGUUUCUGAGUCGACGUCCAACUUAUUGAUUCCCAGUGCUGGGAUCCGAGCAACCCACUGUGGCAGCCUAAAUAGCAGCGAUAAGACUGAUGGUGCUCUUCUGCCCUGGAAUCUCUGGUCUGGCUUCCCUCUUGAAUCUGCAACAAGUGGCUCUGACUUCCCGGAGCUCCAAACUCCGGUCAGUAGGGGAAGCAGUCCCGUUGGCUCUGCAUGAAGAGCUGCUGCGCCGAGGCGCCGGCAAAACCGCUGCGGAGGCCACAAGAGUCACGCUGGCGACCCGUGGGGCUCCUCCACUGGGAAUCAGCUGAUCGGGAGUGUUGACAUUUAGGGAAGUGGCCAUAGAAUUCUGUCUGGAGGAGUGGCAAUGCCUGGACACUGCACAGCGGAAUUUAUACAGAAAUGUGAUGUUAGAGAACUACAGAAACCUGGUCUUCCUGGGUAUUGCUGCCUCUAAGCCAGACCUGAUCACCUGUCUGGAGCAAGGAAAAGAACCUUGGAAUGUGAAGAGACGUGAGAUGGUAGCCGAAGCCCCAGGUGUAUGUUCUUAUUUUGCCCAAGAAUGUUGGCCAAAGCAGGGCAUAAAAAGUUGUUUCCAAAAAAUGAUACUGAGAAGAUAUAAACAAUGUAAACAUAAAAAUUUCCAGUUAAGAAAAUGUUGUCAAAGCGUGGAUGAGUGUAAGGUGCUCAAAGAAUGUUACAAUGGACUUAACCAGUGUUUGACGACUACCCAGAGCAAAAUACUUCAAUGCAAAAAAUUUGUGAGAGUCUUUCAAAACUUUUCAUAUUCAAACAGACAUAAGAUAAGACAAACUAGAAAGAAACCUUUUAAAUGUAGAGAAUGUGAAAAGACAUUUUGCACGUUUUCACACUUAGUGCAACAUAAAAGAAUUCAUAGUGGGGAAAGAUCCCACAAACGUAAAGAAUGUGGCAAAGCAUAUAAUGAGACCUCAAAUCUUUCUACCUAUAAAAGAAUUCAUACUGGAAAGAAACCUUACAAAUGUGAAGAAUGUGGAAAAACCUUUAACAGGUUCUCUCACCUUACUACACAUACGAGAAUUCAUACUGGAGAGAUACUCUACAAAUGUGAAGACUGUGGCAAAGCUUUUAGCCAGGCCUCACAUCUUACUAAACAUAAGAUAAUUCAUUCUGAAAAGAAUCCCUACAAAUGUGAAAAAAGUGGAAAAGCCUUUAAGUGGUUCUCACACCUUACUGCACAAAAGAGAAUUCAUACUGGAGAGAAACGCUGCAAAUGUGAGGAACAUGGCAAAUCUUUUAGCUUGUCCUCAACCCUUACUACACAUAAGAAAAUUCAUUCUGGAGAGAAACCCUACAAAUGUGAGAAAUGUAAAAAAGCCUUUAACCGGUUCUCACACCUUACUACACAUAAGAGAAAUCAUACUGGAGAGAUAUCCAACAAAUGUGAAGAAUGUGGCAAAGCUUUUAGCCAGUACUCCUAUCUGAAUAUACAUAAGAGAAUUCAUACUGGAGAGAAACCCUACAAAUGUGAGGAGUGUGGCAAAUCUUUUAGCUGGUCUUCAACCCUUACUAGACAUAAGAAAAUUCAUACUGGAGAAAAACCUUACAAAUGUGAAGAAUGUGGCAAAUCUUUUACGUGGUCCUCAACCCUUACUACACAUAAGAAAAAACAUACUGGAGAGAAACCCUACAAAUGUGAAGAAUGUGGCAAAGGAUUUAUGUUGUCCUCAACCCUAACUAAACAUAAGAGGAUGCACACUAGAGAGAAACCCUACAAAUGUGAAGAAUGUGGCAAAGCUUUUAGCCAGUCCUCAACCCUUACUACACAUAACAGAAUUCAUACUGGAGAGAAACCCUACAAAUGUAAAGACUGUGGCAAAGAUUUUAAAGUAUCCUCACACCUUACUAGACAUAAGAGAAUUCAUACUGGAGAGAAACCCUACAAAUGUGAGGGAUGUGGCAAAGCUUUUAACCAAUCUGCAACACUUACUACACAUAAAAAAAUUCAUACUAGAGAGAAAGCCUACAAAUAUGAAGAAUGUGGAAUAGUCUUUAACCAGUCCUCAAACCUUACAAUUUGUAUGAUAAUUUUUAAUGGAGAGAAUCCAUAAAGUGUGAAGAAUGUGGUAAAGCCUUAAAUUAAUCCUCAAUUCUUAACAGAAAUAAGAUGAUUUAUACUGGAGAGAAAGUCUACAAACCCAAAAGUUGUAACAAUGCUAGAAAUAGAAAUUCCAUUUGACCCAGCAAUCCCAUUACUGGGUAUAUAUCCAAAGGACUAUAAAUCGUUCUACUAUAAGGACACAUGCACACGAAUGUUCCUUGCAGCACUGUUUACAAUAGCAAAGACCUGGAACCAACCCAAAUGCCCAUCGACGAUAGACUGGACAGGGAAAACGUGGCACAUAUACACCAUGGAAUAUUAUGCAGCCAUCAAAAACGAUGAGUUCGUGUCCUUUGUAGGGACAUGGAGGAACCUGGAAACCAUCAUUCUCAGCAAACUGACACAAGAACAGAAAAUCAAACACCACAUGUUCUCACUCAUAGGUGGGUGUUGAACAAUGAGAACACAUGAACACAGGGAGGGGCGCAUCACACACUGGGGUCUGUCGGGGGGAAAUAGGGAAUCGCCAGUGGGGGGUGCGGAGUUGGGGAGAGAGAGCAUGGGGAGAAGUGCCAGAUAUAGGUGAAGGGGAGGAAGGCAGCAAAUCACGCUGCCGUGUGUGUACCUAUGCAACAGUCUUGCAUGUUCUUCACAUGUACCCCAAAACCUAAAAUGCAAUAAAAAAGCACCUCAAACAUUUUCAAAUAUUAAAGAAAUUGUGCUGGUGAGAAAUCAUAGAAAUAUGAAUAAUGUGAGGAAGUCUUUAAAUGGUUGACACGAUUGUAGGUGAGGUGGUUCAUACUAGAGAAAACUUCUACAAGUAUGAACGAUGUGGCAAAACUUUUAAACCAUGCUCACACCUUCUUGCACAGGAAAGCAUUUAUACUUGAGAAAAAAAUGUACAAAUAGAAAGUAGAAAAGUGGUUAAUAUCUGCUCACAAUCUUACUCUACAUCAGAGUUUAUCCUUAAUAAAAGCAUUAAAAAUGCAGGUUUCUCAAAAGGUUCUUCAGAAAAUAUAAGCCUUUAAAGUGCUGAAGAGGAUUUAUUUGGAAGACAAACAUGACAAACAUAAAGAGAGUUGUAGCACAUUUACUUGCAACACAGAUCUCGUCCUCAUUUUAUAUUAGAGGCAAACUCUGACCCAACUGCUUAAACUUUGUUCAACAUCAGAAAAUUUAUGUAGAAGAAAAACCUUGCAAAUGGAAUAAAUUUGGAGAAAAAAAUUACAGCUUAGAAAACUUCAGAGAGUCAUAAAAAUAUAUAUAAAUAAAAAAACGAGAGUUUAUAUUAAAUAUAUUUUUGCAGAUAUAGUAAAUAGAAAAGAUAAUUCAAAAUUAAGUUAUGUAAAUAUCAGAAUUUACAUUAGACAUGCAUAAGGCACUGACACUUCAGACUUUAAAUCAGAGUUCUGAGUUUAGAAAAUAUAACAAGUUGGUAGAAAAAUUAUUCGUAUGUAACUUUAAAAAUAGAAGAUUUUUUGGAGAGUUAUAAUUACAUUACAAGUAUACUUUUUUUGGAAAGAUUACAGAUUUUGUGAAAAGCAAUGUUGUUACUAAUUAUCAAAUUACUUCAUACAGAUAAUCUUGCAAUUAACUCAAAUUACUUCCUGGAAAAUAAUUAGUUCCUUUUUAUCUUUUGAGAUGAAGUCUUGCUUUGUCUCCCAGGCUGGAGUGCAGUGGCACAAUCUCAGCUCACUGCAACCUCUACCUCCUGGGUUCAAGUGAUUUUCCUGCCUCAGUUUCUUAAGUAGCUGGGAUUACAGGCACAUACCACUAUCUCAGGCUAUGUUUUAUAUUUUUAGUAGAAGUGGGGUUUGGACAUGUUGGCCAGGCUGGUCUCAAACUUGAGACCUCAGGUGUUCCACCCAGCUCAACCUUCCAAAGUACAGGGAUUACAGGUGUUAACCACUGUGCUCAGUCCAUCAUGUUUCUUUAUUACUAUUGUGUUUGUACAUGAAAGCAUGUGACCAAUUGUUGCUGUAUCAAGACAGAAGAGAUAAUUUUUAGUAGGUGAACGUCUAUGACCUCUUACGAAAGAGUAAGGACAUUAAAAUGUAACACACAUGAUGAAAAUCUAAAAAGAUUCUUUGUGGUUAACUUACAGUAGUGAGUGAUGCAUGAGGUAGGUGUCCAGAGUAAUAUUCUUCUGCAUUAUAUUGAGAGACAAAUACUGUUAGUUUUAGUUAAAUUGUCUUUGCCUGGUGGCUCAGACCCGUAAUCCCAGCACUUUGGGAGACCAAGACUUGUGGAUCACAAGGUCAGGAGUUUGAGACCAGCCUGGCCAAUGUGGUAAAACCCAAUCUCUACUAAAAAUACAAAAAUUAGCUGUGCUUGGUGGUGCACACCUGUAGUUCAUUCAGCUACUCGGGAGACUGAGGCAGAAGAACCGCUUCAACCAAGGAGGCGAAGGUUACCAAUGAGCUGAGAUUGUGCAACUGCACUCCAGCCUAGGUGAUACAGUGAGACGCUGUCUCAAAAAUAAAUAAAAUAAAAUUAGCAUAUUAUUUUACCGAUUGUACUUUUAUGAAACAAAAUGCAGUACAUGCUAAAAAUUUUAGAUUAGGUGUGAAUUUCUUAAUUCAACGUUUUUCACAUUUUAAAUAUUGCACAUUCAAUUACAUCUUAUUCCAUUUACUUUAACCUAGUCCUCCUGACUCAAGGGUAUAGGUAAAAGAUAAAAGAAUACACGAUUUGGUUAAAUCAUGGACUAAGGUCUCUAGUAAUCUUUUUUGCCACUGGCUUAAAACUGCAAUAAGUUAAUCAAUAUUGUUCCAGUAGGUAAAGUUUUUUUUCCUGCAUUUAACUUUUGUUAAUUUUUGUGGGCACAUAUUUAUGUUAUAUAUAUGUACAUAUGUUACAAAUAUUCUGAUAGGCAUACAGUAUUUAAUCACAUUAGGUUGACUGAGGGAUCCAUCACCUCUAAAAUUUAUCUUUUGUAUUACAAACAAUUCUACAGAUAUAGAAAUUUUAUGACGUAAAAGUAAAAUUGACUACAGGGUCAGUUUCGUAAUAAUAAAAAUUGUAUACAGUUACAAAUAAAAUUUACACAUAUCUGAGUCCUGGAUAAAUACUUUUAAAAAUUUCUUAGUCUUCUUUUCAUAUGUGGCCUGUAUCCUUUCAAACACAUAAAGAUUUUUAGUUUUAAUUUACCUAGAGUUAAAUAUACACAUCUGUUAGUCUAAAUAUAAACUUUAGGUGGAAGAAAAUAAUGAAUUAAGUAUGUUUGAGUAUGAGUUUGUAACUAUUUUCAGAAUAAACGAUCAAUAUUGGAAAAAAGUCAUUUUGAUAAGAUGUAUAAUUUUCUUUGUGUCUUCAUUUUCUUUGAGACAGAGUAAAUAUUGCACCUGUUAUGUUAUUGACUCCUAUGUGAGCAGAUAUUAGGCAAGAGAAGAGAAUCACAGCAUCCUAGUUAUGAGCACAGAUAUAUGUCCCAAAGCCCCAAGCAGGAGGUGCCAAGGCAGGAGGAGUACCAGGACCUAGGUGCUGGGUUCCACCCAGCUUGGGAAGGCGCCUGCAGGGCUGGCAUCUGCCCCUGCCAGGCGGGGGUCUCCGGAAGUGCGGGCUGUGGAGGUGGAGGUGGCACG